CUGACAGCCCAGACAACGUGCUUCAGCGGCACGGACGAGCAGGACACCUCCGCGCGCGCUCCCGCUCACGGAGUGAGGCGGUUCACCUAGGAGCUCACCUUCUGCGUGCGCGGGGCGCCACCGCCUCUCAAACAUGAACAAACUUGCUAAGGCUCUGUACGACAACACUGCGGAGUGUGCAGAUGAGCUGGCUUUCAGAAAGGGGGACAUCGUCACGGUGAUGGAGAAGAACGUGGCAGGCACCACCGGAUGGUGGAUGUGUUCUCUUUAUGGACGCCGCGGCCUGGCCCCGGCAAACAGACUGCAGCUUUUACCCCCAACAGGAUCCGCUGAGGCCUUGCUACGUGGCAAAGUAGCCAAACCCAAACUGACUGAUGCUUCGACCAAUGACAACAAGCAAAAUAUCUACCAGAUCCCACGUGUACCCCGACCCUCCAGCAGUCCAGCCUAUGAGCGCAUGGACAUGAUCUACAAGGUGCCGUGCACUCCUUCAUCAACUUCAAAGAUUCCAUUUCCUUCAGAACUGAGAAACAGCACAGAAGUACCUGAGGGAUACAAGCCAUCACUCUUCAGCAUGAUGUCCCGUCCCACUGGGGAGGUUUACGAUGUCCCGAGCCAGGCCAGACGAGCAUCAACAACUCCACAACAAGUGCCAAAGUGCAGCAGUCCGGAUGACUCUUACGUGUAUGCAGUUCCACCGCAUUUUUCUCAAGACUCAAGCUAUGACAUCCCUGUUCCCUCGGCCACAGAAGCCCAACAGAAAAUGACGGCUGGAUGCAGUACCAUUCCCGGCCCCUGCAAGCCUGAGUGGAUCUAUGACGUGCCAGUGGGUCCUGAGAAACAAAGUCUACCCGAAGGCUCCUAUGACCCCUCCAAAGCCAUUUGCAGCCAACUUUUUGACACUUUUCCAGCACGGGCUUGGCCCGUUCAAAAAGGCAGUUGUAUUGCCUCGCUCUACGAUGUACCAAAAUCCAACUUGCCUGACAUCUCGAGUCCACCCAAAGUGUUGCCAAAUGUCCCCACUUACGACAAGCCCCCAACUCAGAGGCUUACAGAGGAUCUGGUAUAUGCGGUUCCACCCCAGGAGGAUCCCCUCGCUCGAGGUCUCAGUGAUGCCCCCAGUGAUCAUAUACCCCUGGAGUGCAGGAGCGACUCAACCGAUGCUAAUGUCCUUGCGAGGGUGCGUCUCCAGCGAAUGAGGAACUUCAUGGCCUGCACAACGUUCCGGGGACUUCCUGGAAAAGGGGAGUCGUUCGCGUCAGAGGACAGCGAACGAGGUAGAAAGCUGCUUUUCUCUGCGGCAGAAAGUCAAAGAAUAAGUACAGCCUCCAGCUCCUCCACCAGCUCGUGUGACUCUCUGGCCCUGAGCUCGUCGUCUCCCGAGCCGCUGCGAGAGAUGACGCUCAGCCAGGACGAGGCCUGCUGCAGGCUCCUGGACCUGCGGGAGUCUGUCUGCAGGGCCGUCCCUUUUCUCAUGGAUUUUGUCAGCAGUCAAUGGAGGAACAGGGAACAUCUGGAGAAACACCUGACCGCAAUCAAAGAAGCAGCUGAGGCUAUUGUGUUGUCUCUGACGUCCUUUCUAACCUUUGCACGGGACGUCAAGGGCAACGCCCGCCGUUUGACCGAUACCAACCUUCAGACGAGGCUCUUUAAACAGCUGUCCAUCGUAGAAGACUCGGGGGUGAUCCUACAACAAACACUGAGCGCUCUGAACACGGCUGGCUGGCCCCUCGACACACUCUGCCAGGACCCCAGUCAGGUCCAGACCCCUGACCAACUGGAGCGUUUUGUCAUGGUGGCGCGGACUGUUCCAGAAGACGUCAAGUGCCUGGUCUCCAUCGUCAAUGCCAAUGGCAAGCUACUGUUCAGAGCCCCUCCGAAAGCUCCGGAGCCUCUCAAUACCAAGGGUGGCCUAGAGACCAAGGAAAGUCCUGAUGGAAGUGAACAAGGGGGGAACUCAGUGGAGGAGGACAACGACUACGUGGAGCUACAGACAAAAAAUGACUUUGAAAAACAGCAGAAGGAAGUGCAGAAGGAACCAAAAGAAAACGUCCCAGUCUCAAAGGCACAGGCUGAAGACAAGUGUCUCUCCUCCGGGUCCGGCGGCGACACAGAGGAGCCGCGAUCGUCCUUCCUGUCGGAGCACUGUCGGCUCUACUUCGGUGCUCUCCACAAGGCCAUCGGGGGGUUUGUGGGCAGCCUUCGGGACGGCCAGCCGCCGGAGAAGUUCAUCUCGAAAAGUAAGCUGGUGAUCAUGGUGGGCCAGAGGCUGGUGGACACCUUGUACAGGCAGGCCCAGCAGGGGGGCUCCUCCCAGAGCCUCCUGUGCAAGAGCAAUCACUUGUGUGCUCUCCUGAAGCAGCUGGCCGUGGCCACCAAGAAGGCGGCGGUGCACUUCCCGGACACGCAGGCCCUGGAUGAGGCUCAGGAGUUUGCAAAGGAACUGGCCCAAAGAGCACAGCACUUUCGGACAUUGCUUGACCUGUGAGCGUGCGCGCUUGGAGCUUGGACCUGUUUGUAGCGCUUUUAUGUUCAUGCCAUAUUCAGCUAGAUUAAAGCUUCACGAGCCAAAGGAUGCUUUCUGAAUGCAGGUACUGGUUAAAAUAGUAAUACCUUGAGGAAAAGUGGCAGAACAAUUGAAAUAUGGAGAUGUAUUUCGUAGCACAAUAAAAUACUUUACAAUAAAUUGCACAUUUAGGAUACUGUACUCAAGCCAAUUUAAAAAUGCUUUGAAAAUAUGUAAAGUAUAACAUAAUUUGUUUUAUAUUAUUUACAAAAGAAAUGUAUUCUCUUAAUAGUAUUUGUUAUAUGAUUGAUUUAUGCAUUUUAUUACUUUAUCGUGUAAAAGGUAUCCUCUCCAGGGUAGUAGUCUAAUACAGUCUACUUUUUAUGAACAGCUAUGUAAAUAUUUAAAAAUAAAUGUGUUACGCAUUCCC